AAAUGGCAGCCCAAAUGUGAGAUCCAGGCCCAGGUACUUGGAUUACAGUUCUUCCUUCUUUCUGGUUAAUCACCGCGAUGUUUCCCGAGUCUUCUGACUAGCGAAUCUCGAACACAAAGGCAUUUUCCCCAAAGGAGGUGUAGAAGAAGAAGAGGAAGGCGAAGAUGGUGAAGGUCUCGACCUACUUCUUGAUGUCAUUGGGUGCGUUCGCCUUUUGGCAAUCGAUGGAUAAGCUUCACGUCUGGAUCGCUCUUCACCAGGAUGAGAAGCAAGAAAGGCUUGAAAAGGAAAUGGAGAUCAAAAGGGUUAGAGCAGAGCUGCUUCAGCAAGCUAAAGAAAAGGACACUCUUGCUUGAGUCACUUGUCCAGCCCCUAAUCGCCUAGCUCUCGUAUCCUCCAAGGUACCAAUACCAUGGAAUUAUUUGAUGCUUCUCCCGUAGUGUUCAGUGAAAAAUAAUUGGGUUGCCAAAUAUCUGCGCGGUUUUUAGACAUUCAGCAAACUUUGUGAAUUUGAUGGAUGCUGUAUCAAGAAAAUAUUGAGUAACAACGGAGGAUUUUUAUGUACUAAGCAAUCAUUUACCUUAUUGUAGUCUUUACUUGUGAUGUAGCAGGUGUGUCGGUGGUGGAUACCCUGAUAAUAAUACGAAAUGCUCAUUUUAGAAUCAAUUGCUUCAUAGUGUCAUUUAAGGAACCUGAAUAGAGAUGUAUUCGUGUUUUAGAGUCUGA